GUGGGGGUGGGUGGGGGGAUUGGAGCGCCGCGCAUCCUCUGAGAGGGAUCUGCAGGAAACAUGAUCAUCGAGGGAGCGUGAACGCAUUCCUCAGCUCCGGUCAGACGAUUCGACAGCUCCGUGCGUUCCGCGUUAUUCUCCGAAGGACGUCGGAGGAAAAGCAGCCAGCAGAGAGCACGCACGACCCCGCAUCGUCAUUCGCCGCUGCGCCGGGUGAGACGAGGUCAUCGCUGCUCCACGGUUCCUUUGAUCCCCCAUCCCAUGCUGGCAGCUCAAGUGCCAAACAAAACUGAAUCCAGAAAAUAAGAAAGGAACAGAGUUUGACAUGGCUAGACGGGCUGCCUGACAGCACAUCAUAGCAGAUGCAACAAUGUUGUUUCUGAUUGGAAUCACUGUUCCUGGGAAUAAUACAUCACGAGACAACUUCACGUCAGAAAAUCCCACCCACCAGGGGGCUCAUGUGCUGCCCUCCACGCUGGUCAUAUCCCUGGUUCUUAUCGUCGUUGUCCUGCUGACAAUCUACUGUCUCAGGUUCAAAAGCCACAGGAAAGUUCUUGUUACAUCAGUGGAUAAGAAGAUUCCCAACGGCUUCUUGGAGGACCAAGGAGAACAGACAGUGGUACUCCUCCCCAGAUCCCCCUCACCAUCCAAGAGGUACUUCCCCAUCCCUCUGGACUCUCUGGAGGAAGAGUACCGGAUACGCUCUGCUGAUGAUGGCAAGCUCUUCAGAGAAGAGUUCAAUUCACUGCCAUGUUACUUUCGCCAUGGGUCCUUUGAAGAGGCGAGCAGAGAGUACAACCGAGAGAAAAACAGAUACCCAAACAUUUUACCAUACGAUCACUCCAGGGUGGUGCUGAGUCACCUCGAUGGACAUCUUUGUUCAGACUAUAUUAAUGCAUCCUACAUAGACGGAUUCAAAGAGAAGAACAAAUUCAUAGCAGCACAAGGUCCUAAACCUGAGACACUAGCCGACUUCUGGAGGAUGGUCUGGGAGCAGAAAACUACUACUAUAGUAAUGCUAACAAAUCUGAAGGAACGAAAGGAGGAAAAAUGUUGUCAGUACUGGCCAGAGAAAGGCUGCUGGAUGUAUGGAAAUAUCCGAGUGGCACUGGAGGACGUCACUGUUCUGGUGGACUACACUAUCAGAAAGUGCUGUGUUCAAUACCAAGACAGCGAUGGACCGCGAGCUCCUCGGCUUGUCACUCAGCUUCACUUUACCAGCUGGCCAGACUUUGGGGUGCCAUUCACACCCAUCGGAAUGCUGAAAUUCCUCAAGAAGGUCAAGACUGUGAAUCCAUCCUAUGCUGGACCCAUUGUUGUGCACUGCAGCGCUGGAGUUGGAAGGACCGGAACGUUCAUCGUUAUCGACAGCAUGAUUGACAUGAUGCACGUCGAGCAGCGAGUAGAUGUGUUCGGCUUUGUGAGCAGAAUACGAGAGCAGCGCUGUCAACUCAUCCAGACAGAUAUGCAGUACUCCUUCAUCUACCAGGCACUCCUGGAGUACUAUCUGUAUGGGGACACAGAGCUAGAUGUGUGUUCUCUGGAGGGUCACCUGCACAGGCUUCAUAACACCAGAGCCCCCAACGACAGGCUGGGGCUGGAGGAGGAGUUCAGAAAACUCACCAAUGUUCGGAUUAUGAAGGAGAACAUGAGGACCGGGAACCUUCCUGCCAACAUGAGGAAGAACCGCGUGCUUCAGAUCAUUCCAUACGAUUUCAACCGAGUAAUACUCUCAGUGAGAAGAGGACAAGAGUUUACCGACUACAUCAAUGCCUCCUUUAUUGAUGGCUACAGGCAGAAGGACUAUUUUAUCGCAACCCAGGGCCCCUUGUCUCACACGGUGGAGGACUUCUGGAGGAUGGUGUGGGAGUGGAGGUGUCAUUCAAUCGUUAUGCUCACCGAGCUCAAAGAAAGAGAGCAGGAAAAGUGUUUCCAGUAUUGGCCAUCAGAGGGCAGUGUAAUCUUUGGAGAUUAUACUGUGGAGCUGACUGGAGAAUCGCAGGGUGAAACCUUCACUCGCAAAGACAUGCUGCUCACCUACAAAUCAGAAAAACAGCCACAACAUGUACGCCACUUUCACUUCCACGGAUGGCCUGAGAUCGGAAUACCGGUCGACGGAAGGGGGAUGAUUGACAUUAUUGCGGCCGUGCAGAGGCAGCAGCAGCAGUCUGGAAACCGACCCAUAAUUGUACACUGCAGUGCUGGCGCGGGACGGACGGGAACAUUCAUCGCACUCAGCAACAUUCUGGAGAGAGUAAAAGCUGAAGGUCUCCUGGAUGUUUUUCAAACCGUUAAAAGUUUACGUAUGCAGAGACCGCACAUGGUUCAGACAGUGGAGCAAUAUGACUUCUGCUACAAAGUGGUCCAGGAUUUUAUUGACAUUUUCUCAGACUACGCCAAUUUUAAAUAAAAAACUGUUUUUUGUUUUGUUUGUUUUUUAAUAAACAUGAGCCAAUUUAAAUAUGCAACCCCCCCCCAGAUUGUUGUUUUGUAAAAGCUUUUUACAUUUUCCACUUGAAAAAAAAAAAAAAAGGAAAUGUAUCAUGAAGUUUUUUUGAAAUUUAUUCAACACAUUUAUGACACAGGUGUCUUUUUCAAUAAUGUUUUUUGUAAUAAUAAUGAACUCCAAUGUAAAAUGGUGACAUUAAAGGGGUUUUCAUUGUAGCUCAGCUGGUUCUUGUACUGCAAAGAAAAGCUCACACACAUAUGUUCACAUGUGUAGUGAGUGUGUUUCUGCUAGUUACCAUUAUGUAUAUUACUUUCCUUCAACGUGCUGUACAUGUGUGCUGUUCCUAUCUGCUUUACUUUGACCACAAUGCCUUUAUAUUAGUCUUGUAUUCAAUGUUGCCCUUGCAACAUGUUAGACUGCAGUACAGAGAAUAAAUGAUGUGUUUGAUAAGUAAAAUGACAUGCUGAAUAAUAUUUGUAACAGAAAUAAUUUAUUCUCUGAAGUAUUAGUAAUAUUUUUUGUUGGCUCAAACUGACAAAAGAUUUCAUGUGUAUUUCUUUCUGUCAAAUGCUGUAAAUGACCUCUCUUCUGUCAGCGAGCAGCUGCUGCCUACUGCCAUUUUAUUCAACCUCACUGACUUGUUUUUUUUAUUUUUUAUGUUUUUUUUGCCUGUGGCAAUUGUGCUUAGUGGAUUGGUGCCUGACUUGGCAAAAUGUAAUUAUCCCACACUGAAACAGGCAGAAAAUAAUGUGGUUUUUCAUGUUUCUUUGCCAUUAAGCUUCAUAGUUUGCCUGAUAAUCCAGUCCAAUUUUCACACUUGCAUGUUUCCUUACAGCAGUGCCAUGUGGAUUAGAUGAAUUCUAAUCAUGAAAAACUUGUCACAAAGUGACUAAAAUAGAAAAAAUAAGCCAGUUUUCUAUAUAUAUAUUUAAUUUAGAUGAAGCAGUUCAAUUUUCUAAAGUGUGUUUUUCAAUAGUGGCUUGAUCAUAAGUUCUGCAAAAUAUAUCUUAGUGAUAGAAAGCUGCCCUCAUUUUUGUAAUUAGAAUAUGAGUGGAAAAGGUGUAGAAAUGCCUGCUUAUAGAUUAAAAAAAGCUGAUGCAGUCAAACAUUUUAAUUCAGACAAUAAAUAAUGUCUGCAACACUGAUAUGACGCAUAAAAAAGGCUAAAUUUGAACGUUUUUUAUGACUUACCUUCAGACUUAGACGUACUUAUUGUAAGAUUUUAAAAUUUAGGCAUAUUUAAACCUCCAUUUAUUGAAAUCACUGCUUCAAUUCAGACAUUCUGACCAUUUAGUUCAUUUCAUGUACAUUAAUAUCUGUCGUGCUCAUCCAUCAUCCAGAAUUGCAUUGUUAACUUUCAUCCAUUCUUGUACUGAAGGAGCAUCAGAUAAGAAAAAUGAUACUGCAGUCUGUGUAACAAACGCACAAGCAUCUUGUUUCGGUGAUGUUUCUGCCUUUUGUAAGCUGCGUAGAGUUGAACUAUUUGUUUGCUAAAAGCCGAAUCCAAUAAAUUAUUGAUGAAGAUAAACAUCA